GAUUUCUCAGUUCUCUUCGAACCCCAACGCAGAAGCCUAUAGAGAUAUGUCUGUGCCCGAUAACGAUUACAAUGAUGACGAAUUGGUGCCCCCUGUGUGGCUAGAUAAAGUGUUUAUCACCGAGGCCCUUAAGGGUUACCAGGCAGAGCCCGAGCUACAGGUAAUCGAGGUUAUCUUUUCCCCGGCCACAGCCAAGGGCGACCACUACGCCAGUAUCAUGUUCCGGGCCAAGGUAAGGUACAGCACACCUCGGCAGGGAGAGCAAACCACAUCACUGAUUAUCAAAACUAUGCCGGAAGCGGAGGGCCACAAGAAGGAUAUGAUUGAAGGAUCCCCCAUUUUUGAAACCGAGGUGGGAAUGUACGUCAAGGUACUACCGGAGCUAGAAAGAAUUCUCCGCCAGGCGGGGGACCACACGAAGCUUUACGUUGAGUGCAUUUAUCAUACCAUGGAUCCCCACGAAGUGCUGAUCUUCAAAGAUCUCGUAGAUAUGGGCUACUUUGUUCCGAGAGACCGAGGAAUCACAGAGACUGAGAUACGCCGCGCAUAUUUUAAGCUCGCCAAAUUGCAUGCGGCAAGUCUUAAAGUCCAGAAUGAGAGCCCUCAGAUGCUGAAAAGCUUUACCCAUGGGUUGUUUGAAAUGCCUCACAUAAUGAAAGAGCCUUUCCUUAAAACAGGAAUGGUGUUCUUUGUGGAACUUCUGGGCAGUGAACCGGAACUAAACAAAUACAAAAGUUACUUUGAAAGUAUUGGGGAAAAUUUUCUGGAGAGACUGGUAGUUGAGUGGAAGCAAUUCCGUAACAACCCAAAUACUGAUCCAUACACGACGCUGUGUCAUGGAGACUUUCACCUUCGCAAUAUGAUGUUCAAGUACGAGAAUGAGUCCUUCGAGGAUGUUAUGCUAUUGGACUUUCAGAUCAGCAAUGUCUUUCCCCUGACAAUCGAUCUGGUGUACUCCAUUUAUAUGCUUAUGGAGCCCGAGUUUAGGUGGAACCACUCGGAGGACCUCAUCAACUAUUAUUACUCGGUUUUCGAGGAAACUUUGGAGAAAAUUGGUUAUAAGGGGGUAGUGCCAACCCGAGCUGGGCUUUGGCAGCGAAUGAAACAGCAUAAAUACUAUGAGUUCUUCCUUCUUACCACGUUCCUGCCUUUUAUAUGGGCCCUGAAAGAUAACUCCACAGACUUUGGUGACAUUUUGCAGAACGAAGAAAAGCGUAGGAUGUGUUCAUUUUCGGAAGGCUAUAUUAAGGAUGUUAAAAUACUACUAGCGCGAAUGGACAAUUUGGGUUAUUUUAAAGAGACAUAAAUGAAUUUGUCUCCGAAUAUAUAUUUGAGAAUUUUAAAUAAUAAAUUAAAGCUUUUAAUUAAAU